GCUUUGAAUAAACCUCCAGCUCAGUCCAGGAGUCUGUCAGAUACCGUUAGCUCUGCUACGGUCGCCUAUUCGCUCCUUCUCCUCUCCCCCUCGGGUGUGCUGUCCCCCUCCCUCCUCCUAUUAUCAUUGUUUUGUCUCUUGCUGUCUUCUAUUCUCGCCUGUUGCUUCUCCUCCUCCUGCUGCUGUUGCUGCAAACUUAGUCUAGAGUGAAAUUCCUGUAUGAUGGACUGCUGAGCAGCUUUUUGUUAUCUACAAAGUGAGCGAGCUGAGUGACCGACAGGACAAACGAGACAUGGGGAAGCAGAACAGCAAGCUGCGUCCUGAGGUGAUGCAAGACCUGCUGGAGAGCACCGACUUCACUGAGCAUGAGAUCCAGGAGUGGUAUAAGGGCUUUCUGAGGGACUGCCCCAGCGGGAACCUCUCCAUGGAGGAGUUCAAGAAGAUUUACGGCAACUUCUUUCCAUACGGAGAUGCUUCCAAGUUUGCUGAGCACGUCUUUCGCACUUUCGAUGCUAAUGGUGAUGGGACAAUAGAUUUUAGGGAGUUUAUAAUCGCUUUAAGUGUGACAUCACGUGGCAAGCUGGAGCAGAAGCUGAAAUGGGCCUUCAGUAUGUACGACCUGGACGGGAAUGGGUACAUCAGUAAAUCUGAGAUGCUGGAGAUUGUACAGGUCAGUCUCUCUGUGGAAAACAACACACACACACAUACACACACACACAUAGCAUUGUGAACCAGUUUAUAAUGU